AUGAAGUCGCACAACGUCACGCUCCCCGAAUCCCGAUAUUACUCAGCGCAAGGUUUGUCUGGGAAGACGGCUUUGAUCACUGGAGCAACGGCAGGGAUUGGGGAGGCCAUCGCCUGUCGUUUUGCCGAGCUGGGCUUGAAGAAGUUGGUCCUAUGUGGUAGACGCACAGAGCGUCUAGACGCGCUUAAGCAACGUCUUAUGGACGAGAUCGAGCACCAAAAACCAGAAGGCGAAGAAGACUCGGCUGUUUUGGAUGAGAGAGCCGAGACUGAUGGAAAUGGUGGAGGUGGAUUCUCACACCCGUAUUGUCUGGAGGGAAGUAUCGUCUGCGUGACACUCGACGUCACGGACAAAAAAGCGGUAGAGAAGCUGGCACAAGAAAUUGGCGUGAUUGAUAUCUUGGUAAACAAUGCCGGUCUCGCAUUGGGUACUAAUGCCGCUGAUGAAACGCCCUACGAAGACACGAUGCAGAUGUUUCAGACGAAUGUCAUCGCCUGUGCCCAUUUGACUUCGUUAUUCGGAAAGAAAAUGCGUGAGCAAGCUGCGGGUCAUUUGGUCUAUAUAUCUAGUGUGGCCGGGAAGGAUUUUUAUGAAGGGGGCUCAAGCUACUGCGCAACAAAGCACGCUAUCCGUGGUUACGCGGACGCCCUCCGGUGUGACCUAGUCGGGACGCCGUUGCGAGUGACCACUAUUUCUCCAGGACUCUGCGACACGGAAUUUUCAGUAGUCCGCUUCAAAGGGGAUAUGGAAAAAGCACACAAUGUCUACGCGAACAUCGUGCCUCUAUGUGCGGCUGACAUCGCGGAUCAGGUAACGUAUGCGGUGACGAGACCACCGCACGUUCAAAUUGCGGAUAUCUUGUGCUACCCAACGAACCAGGCACACGCAAAAUACGUCGUAUCCAAACAAGGCGAGUCGCUUGGAGCUGCACCAAAUACAGGAGCUUAA